AUGCCUCUCCCGCAGAAACCAUGGCUGGCUUGCAGACUCCACUGCAUCCCUGCAAGGGCUAUUAUUUACCUGGAACUAGCAUUGCUCUCCUGCAAGGAACAUGGCUUCCCCGCAAGUCCUUCAAGGGCUAGCAGCGGCUGUGGCAAACACCCUCGGCUUUCUACAAAUACCAUUGUCUACCGGAGAACCCCAGGCUGUCCUCCCCUGCGGACACCUCCGCCCCCUGCGGACACCUCCGCUCUGGGCAAACCCCUCCAGCUCUCAUGCAAACACCUCCACCUUCCUGUAAACACCUUCGCCUGCAGACACCCUCAUCCUCUGGUAAACACCCUCACCCUCCAGGAAAUGCCUCCACUCUCAGGCAAACACCUUCACCCUCCUGCGGACACCUCCACUCUCAUGCAAAUAGCUACCAUCUCCUGUAAACACCUUCAUCCUCCCAAAGACACCUCCACUCUCAUGCAAUACCUUCCAUCUGCAAAUACCUUCACCUUCCUGCAGACACCUUCAUCCUCUAGAAGCAAACUGCUGAUCUGGGUCCUCUGCCUGAACAUUCGGUCCCGAGCGGAUCCGUGCCCGGGGGCCUGCGUGUGCUACAGUGAGCCCAAGAUCACCACCAGCUGCCAGCAGCAGGGCCUCACCGCCAUCCCGGCCGCCAUCCCUGCCCAGAGCCAGCGCAUCUUCCUCCACAACAACCGGAUCAGCCAGGUCCAGGCCAGCAGCUUCCGCUCGUGCCGCAACAUGACCAUCCUGUGGAUCCACUCCAACGCCAUCAGUGUCAUCGAGGCGGCCGCCUUCGCCGGCCUGGACAAGUUGGAGGAGCUGGAUGUCAGCGACAACGUCCAGCUGCGCACCAUUGACCCGGCCACCUUUCGGGGCCUGCGGCGCCUACACACGCUGCACCUGGACCGCUGUGGCCUCCUGGAGUUGGCACCUGGCCUCUUCAGGGGCCUCUUCUCACUGCAGUACCUCUAUCUCCAGGACAACAGCCUCCAGGCCCUCCCGGACGAGGCCUUCGUAGACCUGGCCAACCUCACCUACCUGUUCCUGCACGGCAACGGGAUCCGGGAGCUGGCGGAGAACGUCUUUCGCGGCCUGCUCAACCUGGACCGCCUCCUCCUGCACCAGAACCAGGUGGUCCGCGUGCACCCCAGGGCCUUCCACGACCUGGGCAAAGUCAUGACACUCUACUUGUUCAACAACAACCUAACGGUGCUGGCUGGGGAGACCAUGAGCCCACUGGCAUCCCUGCAAUACCUGCGCCUCAACGGCAACCCCUGGAUCUGCGACUGCCGCGCCAAAUCCCUGUGGGGCUGGUUCAAGCAGUUUAAGGGCUCCUCCUCCGACCUUGAGUGCCACCUGCCGCCGCGCUUGGCUGGGAGAGACCUCAAGCGGCUCCACAGCGCUGACCUGGAGGGCUGCGUGGACCCCAUCAACCAGGUGUGGUCAGGGCCAAAGAUCAGACAUGGCAAAGGGCCCACCGUGGAACCUCUGCCAGUUGGGCCCCCAGACGGCCCUCUGAAAUGCUGUCAGCCGGAGGUGGACAAGUCUUUCAUGUACGAAGCCACGGGGCACGGAGGCCCCCAAUAUGGUGGCCUUCCCACUGGCAAUGGCCGGAAGGACAAGGAAAACAUGUCCAAACCCAAGAUGGCAGAGUCGGAUGCUGCCAAAAACGCCACCCAGAAGCACAUCAAUGAUUCGCCCUUUGGGACUUUCCCCAGCAACGUGGAGAUCCCUCUGACCAACUUCCAGCCUGACCUCCUGGAACCUGGGGAGUCUUCUGUGGCGCCCCCUCGUCGGAGGCCCGGCUGUUCCCGAAAGAACCGGACCAAGGCCCAGUGCCGCACAGGCCCCACGGGCAGCGGCAGCGGUGGUGGAGGUGGCGGCAGUGGUGGCAGCAGCGGCGGCAGCCUCCUUGCCUCUGCUCAGCCUGGCCUGGCCCUUGCCUUGGCUUUCUCAGUGGCUCUGCUCUGGACUUCACCGUGGUCCUCUUAA